AACAGAAGGGAGACCGCAUCAAAACAAGAACAACAACUCAGAUAUCCGACAGCUACAGUCACCAUCAUGUCUGGGUCUCUCAGUAAAGCCACCAGAAUGACUUCCACAGUCACGAUUAUCUCCACUCCUAGUUUCUACAACCCAACCAAAAAAUUUGCACCAGUGGCCCCUCCCAAACCAAAAUUUGGAGUAUCAAUGCCUAGCCACGCCCCUCUACCGCCCGUGGACCAAUCCCAGGCUAGCCAGCCUCCAGCCGGCAUAGUAACCCCUCCUCCCUCAAAUCUUGUGACUUCAUCAAGCUCCACCCUUCCAGGCAGCUCCAGGGCUAUAAUAGGUCGAGUUGGGGAUGUCUCACUGCCGGCUCCGCCCCCUACAGUUGUAGAAGAUUUCCCACCCCCUUUUCCGUCAUUGGUUGACUGUGACCUGCCAAGCCCGCCUCCCUGUCUGGACAACACACCCCCUUCAUUUGAGACUGCCCCCACCAGCUUCCCAGCUCCGCCUCUGCCACCGCCCCCCUUCGAGGAGCCCUUCCCAGCACCCCCCUCUGUUGUGAAGACCUUCCCUUCACCUCCUCCUCCCCCUCCUCCUCCUCCUCCCCUACCCAGCAACACUGGGAACCAGGUGCACAGGUCUAUAGUGGAGAAAUCGCACCAGAAGCAGACCAGUUUUGACCAGCAGCUGAAUUCCCUGACCAGCAUGCUGUCUGAAGUGGAGCAAAGCAACCCUUUCAAAAACACUGUGUUUUCUGCUCAAGCCCCCCUCUCUUCUGCCGCCACCCCAGGUUCUGUAAAAGAGGUCUCAAAGCCUGUCAAAUUCUCCCCCAAACCCGCUGCCCCGCCUCCCAUAGCCCCCAAACCUGUUGUUGGGUGUCCAGCUGCUUCCUUUGAUAGACCUGGCCCCCCUGCAUGGGCUGCCCAAAUCAAAGCCAGACAAAACCAGUCCAAAACCACACUCCCAGACACCCAGGCCACUCCCCCUCCCAUGGCAGCCAAUGAAAAAAAAAAAAAUCAAGCUAGGUUUACCACGCCCCCAGUUGUAAACCAGGCUGCAGUGGCUCCACAACAAACUGUGGGACCAAAAUGCUCACCCACUUCUGGUGGCCACACCUCUCAGCCAAGGUCUGCGCCACCAUCUUCAUCAGCUGGUCCACGGCAAGCUCCUCCCACUCUGGGGAAACCAGCAAAAGCCAACGGACAAGUGCCGUUUGCAGGAGUGUCGGCUCCGGGUCCGGGCGCCGCCCUCACUAUGAAGGAGGUGGAGGAGUUGGAGAAGAUGACUCGGAGAUUUAUGUUGGAGAUGGACAAGCCCCCUGUCAUUGAGACUCCGAUUACAGAGUCUUGUGGCACCUGCUCCCAGCCACUGUCUCGGUCCCAGCCUGCAGUCAGGGCGAUGGACUGUGUCUUCCACACGGAGUGCUUUGUCUGCCUGGGCUGCAGCAAGCAGCUGCAGGGCCUGCAGUUCUACGAGGUGGAGGGGCGGCCCCAGUGCGAGGACUGCUACACUAGCACCCUGGAUAAGUGUGCCUUGUGCAAAAAGACGAUCACAGACCGCAUGCUACGUGCCAUGAGUAGUGCGUAUCACCCAGCAUGCUUCACUUGUGUGCAGUGCCACUGCUCCCUGGAGGGGGUGCCCUUCAUCACUGAUGAUGAGAAUCAGCCCUUCUGUGUGGACGACUACCACAGGCGCUUCUCUCCACGCUGCUGUUCCUGUCAGGACCCCAUCAUGCCGGAAACCGGUAAAGACGAGACUAUCAGAGUGGUGGCGCUAGAGAGGAACUUCCAUCUCAAGUGUUACCGCUGCGAGGACUGCAAUUGCCCACUGUCCAUCGAAGCUGAUGAGAACGGCUGCUACCCGCUCGACGGGCGCAUUCUCUGCCUCAAAUGCCACACCCACCGUGCCAAGCAAGCUGCGACCUGAUUGGCUCACAUGCUGAGAUGAUUCUAAGAUUCUUAAAGGGGUAGAAAACCCCCCAAAAAUAACAACAAAUAAUUUUCUUCCUUCUGAUUCACAUAACGACUUUCUGUCUUGCCAGUCCCCUCAUACAUUCUACUUGUCUUUACUUUCUUACAAUGAAGUCCUUUUAACCUUCUGUCACCACCCCCACACUGUAGAUUCACUGGCCCUGUGCAGCAGGUAUUGGGACCCCACAUCCUGACACCCCCCACACUGUAGAUUCACUGUCCUUGUGCAGCAAGUAUUAGGACCCAACAUCCUGACACCCCCACACUGUAGAUUCACUGUCCCUGUGCAGCAGAUAAUGUAACAAUAAAUGAAUGUGGUAAAUGAAAAGAUUUGCAGGAGAAUGAGGAGGGUGCAAAUCACAAGAGUGGAGAACGUGUUGUAUAGCCUUGCUUAUUUACCCUUUUUAAGCCAGCAAGUCUCAUGUCAGAGAACUUCAUACAUCUAAAGGUAGGCUACCAAGGCUUCUGUAAAAUCCAUUGUCUUACAUUGCCUUAUUGUGAUUAGCAUUAUCACAGGUUGCUCUUAACCCCCCCCAUUUCUGUUGAUGAGCUUUUGUUUUUUUUUUGCAGUUGCAGCGUUUCCUUCCUGGUACCUAAUCACCUCCUGUGUGGUAGCUCGCUUGCAGUCAUAGUCAUAUGACUGACAGCACAGGAUAGUGACGACAAUUAUUAGCGUAUAUCAUUGUGGUAAAAAAAAAAAAAAAAAAUGGUAAGGAUUUUAAGAGGAGUGGUAAUGCUAUUGGUGCAAGUUAAAGUAAGAACAUUGAUUUUAAAGCUUUGGCUAGCAACCCUUUUAAAAGAGGACCAGUGAUACUUCAUCUACUAAACCUGCUAAUUAUUGUGCUUGCUGAUCUGCAAACAAAACAAAAUGCAACAGGUAAAUUAAAUAUCAACAGCAAUAUUAGGAGUGUUAGUUUCUUCAGAAACCCAAGUAGCCAAUGAGAAAAACUGCACAGCCACCACAGCUAAUAUAUAUGUAUUUGUUCUUUCUGUACACUGUUACUGUAUUCUACAAACCAGCACAGAAAAGAUUGCCAAGGUUAAACAAGUAUUGUACUGUAUUACUGCAUCACUAUAUUCUCAUCAUUACAAACAUAAUUAUUGUGACUUUGAUUUGUUUCCUUGAAUGUUUACUUAUUUGUGUUUCUUUUGGGGCCACAUCUGUAUAAUCAAUUUGUUGACAAAUAGUAAAUAAAAUAAAUAAA